AUGACGGCUGUCAAUGUCACCCUGGUUCGUGACACCAAGUGGCUGACUUUAGAAGUCUGCAGAGAAUUUCAGAGAGGAACCUGCUCGCGAGCUGAUGCGGAUUGCAAGUUUGCCCAUCCGCCGAGGGUUUGCCACGUGGAAAAUGGUCGUGUGGUGGCAUGCUUUGAUUCUUUAAAGGGUCGGUGUGCUAGAGAGAACUGCAAGUACCUCCACCCUCCUCCACACCUAAAAACGCAGCUGGAAAUUAAUGGACGGAACAAUCUGAUUCAACAGAAGACUGCCGCAGCCAUGUUCGCCCAGCAAAUGCAGUUUAUGCUCCAGAAUGCUCAGAUGGCAUCACUUACUUCUUUUCCUGUGAAUCCACCACUUGCAGCUAAUCCUGCCAUGGCUUUCAAUCCUUACUUACCUCAUCCUGGGAUGGGCCUGCUUCCUGCUGAACUUGUACCGAAUGCACCUGUUCUGAUUUCUGGAAACCUGCCUCUCGCAUUGCCAGGAGCUGCUGGUCCCAAACCGAUGCGUUCAGAUAAACUGGAGGUUUGCCGAGAAUUCCAGCGUGGAAACUGUACCCGUGGUGAGAACGAUUGCCGCUACGCUCACCCUACAGAUGUUUCCAUGAUCGAGGCAAGCGAUAAUACUGUGACCCUCUGCAUGGAUUACAUCAAAGGGCGAUGCUCCCGGGAGAAAUGCAAGUACUUUCAUCCUCCUGCUCACUUGCAAGCCAAACUCAGGGCAGCUCAUCACCAGAUGAACCAUUCAGCUGCCGCCGUGAUGGCCCUUCAGCCUGGUGCACUUCAACUGAUACCAAAGAGAUCGGCGCUUGAAAAGACCAAUGGUGCGACUCCGUUCUUUAACCCCAGUGUUUUCCACUGCCAGCAGGCUCUGGCUGGCCUGCAGCUCCAGCCACCAGCAUAUAUCCCUGCAGGGCCCAUACUGUGCAUGGCACCCGCUUCAAGUGUUGUGCCCAUGAUGCACGGUGCAACACCUACCACUGUGUCUGCAGCAACACCACCUGCCGCCAGCGUUCCGUUCGCUGCAACAGCCGCAGGCAAUCAGAUACCCCCAUUAUCAAUAGAUGAACUGAAUAGCAGCAUGUUUGUUUCACAGAUGUAGAAGUUACCAGUAGAACAUCGAAAUUCUGAACAACAGAGCUAUGGAGUAUCAGGAUCUCUCCGUGAGAACCUCCAUAUGGC